AGCAUAACAUAACAUAACAUAACUAACUCUAAUUCAUCAUUAUUACCGGUACACGGCCCUGGUCGAGGACUCCGAAUACAGUAAUACCUGCUUAUGCUUACUCUUCCUCAUCUCCCACGCCCUUCCCUCCCCUUCUCUCCCUUUCUCUCUCUUUGCCCUUCUCCUUGGAAAUUAACAGCUCCAGACCCCUACAACUUCACACACAGGGUUCAUCACAAUCGCAGUCCGCAUCCAUUAUUAUCCUGUCCUGCUCUCCGACCAACCCGACAGAGCAUCUGCCCUCGUGCGCACCUCCUGUCUCUGUGGAAGCUGGACGCUCCUCGAGCCUUGCGGCUAAGCCAUUCCAUUCCACCGGGUUCCUGGUGGAGCUGCGGCAGCAGGUUUCGUUGGGGUAACGAUGGAGCCAGCCCCUGCGACUCGGAGCCUUGUGGAGGAGAUUGUGGGUUGUGGGUACUCGGACCGGGCUCUUGAUUUGAUCGACUGGCCCGUCGCGCUGUCGACCUCCGUGGCUUUUCGUGCCGUUGGCUCCCAGACCUUAGGAAUUCCCCACAGCUCUCAACGUUUUGACUUUUGAGAGCGGGUAGGUAAGGUAAGGUAAAUUGUUUC